UUCUGCGCCGUCUGCGGCUAUGGUUCCUGCCGCAGGAGGCGGUUCCGAGAUGGGCCAAUUGUUCAUGAUGGCUUUAGAAAUGCAGCGGCAGGGGAAUCAGCAGAACUGGCAGAUGAUGAAGGCGAUGCAGGAGACGCAGAAAGAAUUCCUUGGGGAGGUCUCGACAAUGAUGAAGGAGACAUCUUCGGUGGUCAAGGACACGCUGGAAACGAUGACCAAGCAGACUACAGAGCAGGCAAACAUGCACCGGGAGACACUUACGGCCAUGCAGAAUAACACGGCGGCCGCGAGCAGGAUGAACUCAGAGACGCUGCUCGCGGUGCAGCAGAGCAUGAAUGAGACGCGCAAGAUGAAUUCGGAGACGAUCAAAAUGGUCAGUCAAAGCAUGGCCAAUAUGCUCGAAGCACAGCGAAAGAGCGCCAGAGAGAUAGAAGAAAUGAUUAAGGAAUCCCACCAAAAUGGAUGCGUCAUCUCUUGAUCGUACGGUGGGAGCAAAUAAAUAUGGCAGACAGCAACUUUCCCACCUUUGCCGAACAGUAGCCUAUAAGAUGCGCCCAGUAACACAUCUAUUUUUCGAAGCUGACAACACUCAUAAGUCCAGUGCGAUGAUUUUCAAUAAACAUAUAUCCGCAAAAAA